AAACCAUGUAAAAGAAAGAAACCUUCACCACCCAGUGAAACGCACCGUUUCAUGGUGCUCAAGAAGAUGUUCAUGUUCUCAGUCUUUGCUUCUUCAACCAGCACAGCCGAGAAGCUGGUUUUUCUGAACGUACUGCAGAAUCCAAACCCAACUGGUCAUUUUGUCGCUAUAUAUAAUUGCUGUUCAGAACAGCCAAGGCACGAAAGGUGGUGAUUUGGCGAUUUUUAAGAACUCCCUGAAAGCUUGUGCUCUUAAACCCCAAAAAUUCUCGGGAAAAAUCUCACCAAAGUUCAGAAGUUGGGGACGAAAACCGAGUAGUUAGGAGUGUAACUGGUGUAAAGGCCUUAAGGGGUUGUGUGGAAGCGAUAAAAAAGUGAAGAUGCUUUUAAGAAAACUGUUGCACAGAGUGUCAUUCACACAGGCUGCUGGUAGUCGUGGAUAUUGUACAGGGAUGGUUAAGGAUAUUGGACAGCCAGCUCCUGCAACUCAUCCAAAGCUAUUGAAAGAAGGGGAGAUCACACCCGGCAUAACUACUGAUGAAUACAUUUCAAGAAGGAAAAAGUUGUUGGACCUUCUUCCGGAAAAGAGUUUGGCCAUCCUUGCAGCUGCCCCUGUGAAGAUGAUGACUGAUGUUGUGCCUUACACAUUUCGACAAGAUGCUGAUUAUUUGUAUAUUACUGGCUGCCAACAACCUGGUGGUGUGGCAGUUAUAGGUCAUGAUUGUGGUUUUUACAUGUUCAUGCCUGAAGCAUCGCAUCAUGAUGUAAUUUGGAAAGGGCAAAUUGCUGGAGUUGAUGCAGCAAUGGAAGUUUUUAAGGCUGAUAGUGCCUAUACAAUGCGCAAGUUGAGGGAGAUCCUGCCAGAUAUGAUAAGGGGAUCAACAAAAUUAUUUCACAAUGUGCAUACAGCUAUGCCUGCAUAUAUGGAAUUGGAGGCCUUUCAAAAAGCAGCUUCCCUUGGCAAGGUGAAAGGUGUUUCAAAUCUCACCCAUGAGUUACGAUUGAUAAAAUCACCAGCGGAGCUUAAGUUAAUGAAGGAAUCUGCAUCAAUUGCUUGCCAGGCUCUUCUGCAGACAAUGUUUCACUCAAAGACAUAUCCUUAUGAGAAUAUGCUAUCAGCAAAGGUGGAAUAUGAAUGCAAAAUGAGAGGUGCCCAAAGAAUGGCAUUUAAUCCUGUGGUUGGUGGUGGAGCUAAUGGUAGUGUUAUACAUUAUUCUCGAAAUGAUCAGAAAGUUAAAGAUGGAGAUCUUGUUCUGAUGGAUAUAGGGUGCGAGUUGCAUGGCUAUGUCAGUGAUCUUACUAGAACCUGGCCACCUUGUGGUCACUUUACGUCUACUCAAGAAGAGCUUUAUGAUCUUAUUCUGCAAACAAACAAGGAAUGCGUGAAGCUUUGCAAACCUGGUGCUAGCAUUCGACAAAUUCACAACUACUCGGUUGAUAUGCUGUGCAAAGGACUCAAAGAGAUUGGAAUCGUGAAAGAUAGUGGAAGCAGUCUCUAUCAUCAGCUGAACCCAACUUCCAUAGGUCAUUAUUUAGGAAUGGAUGUCCAUGAUUGUUGGACAGUCAGCUAUGACCGUCCUUUGAAGCCAGGUGUUGUGAUAACAAUUGAACCAGGAAUCUAUAUCCCAUCCUUCUUUGAUGGUUCGGAGAGGCAUCGAGGCAUUGGGAUAAGGAUUGAGGAUGAGGUCUUAAUUACAGAGACAGGAUAUGAGGUGCUCACUGGGUCGAUGCCAAAAGAUAUUAAACAGAUAGAAUCCUUGCUAAACAACUUUUGCCAUGGAAUGGGGAUGCAGAGCUAUAAUAAUAGUAUGAAAGUUGCUUCCAGCUGAUGAUCCCCUUAUAAUGCAUUUAUAUUUCAUCUUCAAAGAAACGUUGAGCUCACCAACUACAUAUCAUUUCUUUUAAUCACCCAAUUUUGUAUAAUUUUCCAUUUUGUUCUAAUUACUUUCAUUUGCUUCAUGUAAAACUGGCCAUGUGGGUUCAUAUAUAAUUGCGUUUACAGAUUAGCCAGUGACAAUUCAGAUUGGAAGAAGUAAAUUUUGCUUUCAUAUGCAAGAUUGAUGUUAUUUCAUUUACACUCACCAUAUUAUUAUUUA